UAAAAGAAUUUAAAGAAAAUUAUGUUAAAAUAUUUAAUAGUGUUAAUGAUAUCGUUGGGAUGUUGCUGGGGUUUUGGCCAGUUUCAUAUGAAAAAGUAUACACCACGCAUGGAUUCCAGUGAGGAGGAUAAUAGUGUUUUAAGAACUUAUCGCCGCUGUUUGUGGGAGCAAUCAAAGUCUUUGCCCAGGCGUUUGGUGCUGUUGAGUUUGUGCACAAAUUUAUUUUGUGAAAACAAUCAAAUCAUACCACGUUCCAGGUCUAUUUUUGUAGUGGAAAAAAUGGCUAGACCCAAUGACUGCUUGGAUAUUUUGCCGGAUCAGUGCAAACAGGGCGAUGAGGAGGAAUUGAUGUACAAACCAUAUCCGGAUUGCUGCCCGGUGUAUUGUAAUCUGAAGCGUCGCAUGAAUCGCUUGAAAAACAUGCACUAUCGCCAUCGCAUGCUGCUUAAUAUGCAGCGUCAACAGGCAGCCGGAGCCACCAAUUUGCUGCUUAAUGAAUAUGGUUUGGAUAGUAUUUAAAGAGAAGAGG